AUGGCGAAAGUGAAAGGGGAAUCGAGUCACGCAGGGGCGAUUCUUCCACGAGGCACGCAAAGGGCGCGCGCCAUUGCUGAUGGAAAGGAAGGCAGAAGCAAUCAGAUGCCGUGGAGGAGCUUCACCGCGUUUUCGUUAUCUAAUUCCACUGUGAGAUGCCGCGAGUUGAUGCGAUGUGACGCUGUCGUUCACAGGGCGCGGCGGGCGGCGAUAACGGGAAAGCUCGAAGUGAAGCAAGGACCAGCAAUUGCAGCAGCAAGACAAGCAAGAAUGCAUAGAAAUCAAAUUACCGCUCGGGUGACAACCCCGCGCCUAGAUAAGGCUAUCGCCGGCAUCGGACUUGCUUAUCAACCCGAUAAGAUCUAA